AUGAAUGACGAAGAUAAUCUGGAGAAAUCCCCCAAUUUCGAGCAGGAUUCCCAAACAGAGGUCAGCCGGAGUGUCGGGGAUCCUGAUGCUGGGCUCUCCGCCGAAGAGCGCGCCAAGAUUGAGCGCAAAUUACUCUGGAAGCUCGAUUUGAAAUUGAUGCCAUGGCUCUCUCUGCUGUAUCUCAUUGCAUUCCUGGACCGUACCAACAUUGGCAAUGCCAAAAUCGCGCACCUCGAGCAAGACAUUGGUGUACACUCGACGUCAAAGUACAAUGCGACGCUCACCAUCUUCUUCGUGUCGUACGCCCUCUUCGAACCCGUCUGUAAUGUCCUGCUCAAGCGCCUGCGGCCGUCCAUUUUUCUUCCUGUCAUCAUGGUACUCUGGGGCGCGACCAUGAUUGGCAUGGGCUUUGUGCGCAACUGGUCGGAGCUCAUGGCCGCGCGAUGGUUCCUCGGCAUGACGGAGUCUGGCCUGUUUCCGGGCAUCAACUACUACCUGUCUUGCUGGUACAAGCGCAGCGAGUUUGGUGUCCGCGCGGCCGUCUUCUUCUCCGCCGCUGCCAUUUCUGGCUCGUUUGGCGGCCUGCUGGCUGCUGCCAUUCAAAAUAUGAAUGGAAUCGGAGGUCGCCCUGGCUGGUCAUGGAUCUUCAUCAUUGAAGGCGCCAUCACAGUUCUGAUUGCACUCGCAUCCUUCUUCAUGGUUGACGACUUUCCCUCCGAGGCCAAGUUUUUGACACCAGAGGAUCGCGCUCGUGUGGUGCGCCGUCUGGAGGAUGACAAGCAAGCAUCCGCGCAUGAUGAACAUUUCAAGACGAGCUAUCUCAUGGAAGCACUCAGGGAUUGGAAGACCUACUGCGGUAUGCUCAUUUACAUGGGACCUCUGAUGCCACUUUAUGCUUUCAGCCUGUUCCUCCCUACUAUUAUCCAGAGCAUGCAUCUGGUUCCCAAGAAUGACAUUAUCAAGAACCAACUUCUCAGUGUCCCGCCAUAUGUUCUGGCCGCCAUCAUGACUAUUGUCAUUGGCUUCUGGUCUGACAGGAUCAACAGGCGCGGCAUUUUCAACAUGGCAUGUGCUGUUGUGGGAACGGUUGGCUUCAUCAUGAUGAUUUCUACGACCAGACCUGUUGUCCAGUAUAUUGGCACGUUUCUCGGCGCUCUUGGUAUCUAUCCUUCGGUAUCGCUUACCAUUGCAUGGGUCGCCAACAACGUCGAGGGCGUGUACAAGCGCGGCGUCGUUCUUGGUAUUGUCAUUGGCUGGGGCAAUCUCAAUGGCGUCGUCAGCAGCAACGUAUUCCUUGACGCCCCGCGUUUCUUUGCCGGUCACGCCACCAUUAUCGGCUAUCUUGUGAUUGCCAUGUUUGGCGGCAGUCUGCUCUUUCAAAUUCUGCUUAGCCGGGAGAACAAGAAGCGUCUGGCGGGUGAGCGUGAUUCCCUCAUUGAAGGAAAGUCGGAGGCGGAGAUUGAAGCUCUUGGCGAUAACAGACCCGACUUUAUCUACACCCUCUAA